AGCACAGAUGUGUCGAGUCAGCAAAAAUCCGAGCCAAAUACCCCGACCGUGUCCCGGUCAUAGUGGAGAAGGUCUCAGGAUCUCAGAUUGUUGAUAUUGACAAGAGAAAGUACUUAGUUCCAUCUGACAUCACUGUGGCCCAGUUCAUGUGGAUCAUCAGGAAGAGGAUUCAACUGCCAUCUGAGAAAGCAAUAUUCCUCUUUGUAGACAAGACUGUGCCACAAUCCAGCUUAACCAUGGGACAACUUUAUGAGAAGGAAAAGGAUGAGGAUGGAUUCUUGUAUGUUGCCUACAGUGGAGAGAACACGUUUGGUUUCUGAAUGGUGGGUCUUGGCUACUGCACUAUCCUGCUGUGUAUCUUGUAAAUAGCUGAUCAUUUUCUGUUCUGACAUCCACAGAAGUUCCUUCUAUAUACAUGCAUUUGUAACUGGAUUUAUUUCUUAAUAUAUUGAUAGGUCUUGUUUUAUUAGACUGUUAAAUUAUAAAAAAAAAAGUUUUGUUGGUUUUGUGCAUUUUUUUUCCUCAUGGCUAUGAAUUCCCAGAGCCUCACUUCUUUGGGGAAUACAGUUGAUGGCAUUGAUUAAAUAAUAAAACAAAGUAGUUGGGCUACUAAAACAUGAAAAACACACAUUUAUUCUGUUUUGAGGUGUUAGUUUAAGAAGAAUUAAAACCAUAAAUUAGCAUUGGGAACAUAGGAUUUGCUAGCUAAGCAGGAGCAAAAUGCUGAUCAUGUCAAAUUGAGCUAGUAUGUUCCUCUUUCUCAAUUAACAAACAAUUACAAUAAAAAUUCCUGUC